GUACUCUGUUCUUAUUCCUUGUGAACUGCGUAGUAAACACCACUCUGACCUAGAGAGAGUCAUUUAGACUCUCGUUCUUUCUCACUGCGGUACCCAUGUCGGACGACUCGUCAACAGACAGGCCUGUGAAUGGUUACGGAGGUCAAUCUGAGAGAAAGACUGAAAAGUACAAUGGAAAACACCACCGCGAUACAAAUGUUACGGCUGGAAUUGAUGAAGGUCACACUGUUGGCGCUGGGCGAUUGGCAGCAGUACCUUUGGAAGAGCUGAUCUAUCACGCCAAUGAGCAGAGGAGGAAAUAUGAUAUGCACAGUAUCAAGUCUGGUGGGAAGGCACGCAAUAGAUGGUUCAAAUUCUUUGACAAUGACUUUGGACCUCAACACCCGGACAAUGUCUUGAUCGAGAGCAACAACCCAAAUGCUCGUCUGACCCAAGCUGAGAAUGAGCAAAUCGCUGCCCGGGCCGAAUUCGAGGCGGAUAAAGCCGACGCCAGGCGCAGAUUAAGAACUGCAAGUUGGGGAAUGAUGUUCUAUCUGAUCACUACGGAUGUUAUCGGUCCAUUCAAUGCUCCAUACGCAUUUAGCACGGUCGGCUUUGUUGGCGGUAUCCUGCUAUAUCUCACCUUUGGUGUCGCCGCCUACUACAGUUCGUUCCUGGUCUUGAACUUGUAUCUGAGAGUCGACUCUGACCGAUAUCCCGUCCAAAGCUAUGGAGAGCUCAUGGAAUGCUUCUUCGGGGUCUGGGGCAACUACAUCGUGUCGAUCGUCCAAGUUGUGCAAAUUCUGUUCGUCGUCGGCUCAAAUGUCAUUGCCAACGCUCAAAGCAUGACGGAGCUCACCCAACCUCACGGCCCUCUUUGUUUCGUUGUGUCCAUCAUCAUCUGGACAGCUAUAGGAUUCAUCAUCUCCGUUCCAUUUAGGUCGCUGGCCAAACUUUCGUUCUUGGCCUCGUUUAAUGUCUUCAUCAACCUUAUCAUCAUCUUCAUCUCCAUGGGGUUCAUCGCUCACUCAGCACCAAACUAUUACAGCGCUAGUCAGGCAUAUGGAUUUAAGCCUCCCUAUGCUCCUGUCGAGCUUUCUGCCACGGGUGUGGGAGCCUUGUCGAAUCAGGUGAAUGGAGCGAUGAACAUGGUCUUUGGAUGGAGUGGUAUCAUGAUAUUCGUCGAAUUCAUGAAUGAGAUGCGCAAGCCGUUUGAGUUUGUCAAGUCAUUCACGUUCGCCGAGAUGUUGGUAUUCUGCGUAUAUAUCGUCUAUGGAUGCUACGUCUACGGCCUUCAAGGACAAUACACUCUUCCGGUCGCGUUCCAGGGUGUUUCCAAAUACUCGUGGCAGAGUGUUGGAAAUGGUCUGUCCCUGUGGACAUACACGAUGGCUUCCGUAACGUACCUCAACAUCGCCGUCAAGGUUCUCUACUGGUUCAUCUUUGGCAACUUGUUCCGAGGUCCUCCUCUCAUGUCGAAAAUGGGCUUCAUCUACUGGACUGUUCUUCAACUCGCCGCCUGGAUCAUUUCAUUCAUCAUCGGCACUGCCAUUCCUCAAGUUCAGACCAUCCAAGCCUUGGUCGGAGCCGCUUGCCUCCUCCAAUUCUCUUACACCUGGCCGCCCUUGAUGCAAUUAGCCUACGACGUCUACGCGGACGCCUCGAAGGGUGAUGGGGUCUGGCACCCACUCAACGGGCCAGCCUACAGAGACUCAUGGCGAUCGCUCAGUAGAUGGAGACGAGGUCUCUUCACUGGGAAAGUAUGGUUCAAGGCGAUCAACUUUUUAUACUUCCUCGCCGCAUUAGCUACGUGUGGUCUAGGUAUUUGGGGAUCGGUGUUGACUAUCCAGAGCACUUUCGCGCAUAGUCCAGCUACCUCGUUCGGCUGCAACGCUCCCGUGUAGUCAUGCACCCAGCCUCAGCUGUUGAUAAUGGCUAGUUUAGUUGAAUAUGCUACGGUACAGCUGCCACCAUGAUCAUCACAAAAAUCUGCCACGUCGCGCGUCAUCGGAUGGCGGAAA